AUGCCUCCACGACUCAACCGGCGAGAGCUGCGUGACCUCUUGAUGGCAAGGAUCAAGACGUACAUCGGUCUGCCAGAAGAAAAUAUCCAGGAGACCAAGGAUAUCAUCACUGACUGUGACUAUUUCAGCCUUCCUGACCACAUGGGGGGGGGCUCUAUGGCGCCGGGGCAGAAGAUCCUGAAGGACGCCGAGAGCAUCAUUGGAAUGGAGGCUUCACGCGAUCGACGCAGCGCCAUCUAUAAAGAGGUCAUGGUCGGAAUGCCAGGCUACAAGAAGACGCCGGAAUGGGACCGGCCAGUAAUCAAUCCGAACGAGAAGCCCAAAUCGGCAUUUUCUGUCUCCCGCGUGCAGCCUGGGUCGCAAAAAUCAAACCUCCAGCUCAUCCAAGACCUCGGGGCUGCGGUAGGUCUAAAGGAUACAACCGUGUCUUCCCUCAGAGCCCAAAUCACAUGGUGGGAUGGCCUAGGUGACUACAAAAGGCCCUGCACGCUCUCCCUGGGUCCCCAGUGCUCAGUUAGGGGCGGUCGGUUGGGGCGCGACCAUACGCUAGAAGACGUGCCCAACCACUACGUUAGAGAUUGCCUGAUGGGCUACAUCACGGGUGACGACCUCGCAGAGGACCUUCGACAGCCAGCACUGGAGGCCGUCUAUCCUGACUUGACCCCGGCCGAGCGCGAAGAAUACGACACGAUCCUUAAGGAGCAGCAGAAAGAGCGUGAGAAUGAGGUGAGGGCGAAGCAGACUGCUCCGAAGGCUGGAGGCAAACGCAAAAGCGGGAAUGCCACCGAUGGGGGCGGGUUGCGCCGUCUUAAGCGCACAAAGACAUUCUAA